UAUUGAAAGUUUUCAGCAUACCGUUCACUGCAUUGUGUGGCCGUCGCCAGAGUUCAUCAUAGCACGGAGCAAAAAACAACAAAACUAUAAGCAAAGUAAGCUCACCGACUUGAAGCAUAUACGGCAGAUCGAUCAGGAACAUAGAAAAGCAGCACAAUGUCACCAACGAGUAAUUUUGAGCUUUCCGAUAUCGUCACAAUCAACAUUUCCAACUCACAGAAUGAUACCGUAUCGUUCGAACGAAAAUACAGCCGAUCGUUGAAGAUUUACGAGUUCAAGGCGAAGCUGGAACCAAUUACCGGUGGAAAUGCUGGUACUAUGCGGCUUGAACUGUACAGUGGGGACAGAUUGGUGUCCAAACUGGACGAUGACAACCAACCACUCGGUAGCUAUUCGAUUGAAGACGGCAUGCGGGUGCAUGUUGUGGAUCAGUUCCAGUGCAUCCAGGAAAAUGUGCCGAAGUUUGAGCUAUCGCAGGAAGAGUACGACAAGAAGGCGGACAGUGUGCGCAACUUCCUGAAGAAAAACAAACUCGGCAAGUACAAUGAGGAAGAGAUGGCCAAACAGGAAGAGGAACGAAAGAGACAAGAGGAGGAAGAUCGCCAAAAACUCGACGCCACUACCAUCGGGGCCCGGUGCCGAGUGACAGCCAAAAACAAUCCCGUGCGGCUCGGUACAGUCAUGUACAAGGGUCUACUGGAAUCUAAACCUGGCGUAUUCAUUGGCGUAAAGUUUGACGAACCGCUCGGAGUAAACGAUGGCAGCGUAAAUGGUAAAAGAUACUUCGACUGUGGACCCAAAUACGGUAGUUUCGUUGCACCGAAAGCGGUCGAGGUUGGUGAUUUUCCACCGGAAGAGUAUUCCCUCGAUGACGAGCUGUAAAAGCCAUCCGUAUGGAUGAUCCGACGAUUCUUUUCGGCAUUCCAAUGGAGUGUGUUUUCAUGUGUGUACCGUGUGUGUGCUUUGCUAAAGUGAUAUGAUGAUAAAGAGCAGCACUAGGAUCUAGAAACAUUUUCUAGACGAAAAAUGGGGGUUUGCAUACAAAAAAACUUGUCAUGCCCGAAUGCAACAAAAAGUUAAAUUGUGUGUUUUCUCUUACAUCUAACCGUUUAGGCACUAUUGUAUCGAUCUGCUAAGCUAAACUAUAGAAUGUUUCUUUCUAAAUUGUCACUAUGUAACGCUAUUGUGUUCUUUUCAAAUAAAAGUCGAAUAACCGAA